UGCUGUGUCUGCCCGAGGCCAACCAUAAUUUCAACAAUUCACGGGCCAAAAGAGUGGCCAGACGGUAAGAAUUGAUUGCUAUUUAGUGGAGGCCGUAUUCUUUAAAAAUUUGUAUUGAGAUUCUGUCUAUUUUGUGAAAACUUUAAAAGUAUUGCGUGGAUAUGUUUUUGGCAAAUGGUUCAAUUAUUCAUGUGAUCUUUCUCAAGAGUAGUUAUUAGAUCAUAGCAGAUCAUUGGCUCAAAUGGCAGUGGUAUUCCACUUUUGUUUUUCUUUACAGUGGUCCGUGCUAGUGAUUCUCCAGGGACCCUUUGGCUGUUUCUCUGCAGUUGAAGAGAUGGAGAGAUUGGUUUUCUUGUUUUCUUUGACUGCCCUUGCGGUCCUUCACUGCAUGAACACCAUUCCAGAGUUCCAAGAGUAAGUCAAUUAUUUAAUGUCCUAUUGUCUACCUAUAGAAUUGGGUCAUUUAAAUGUAUUCAUAAAGUUAUACAAAUGUUGUUGUUUUUUCAGGCUAGUAGACUUCAAUUAAUCAAUAGCUUUAAAACGUUGUUUUUGUUCAUUUAUGAACAAGAUUAAAAUAGCUCAUGAGAUAUGAAUCAAAGGUCAGUCUUGCCAAAUGAGUUUUGGAACUUCAAUUACAUUUUUAUAUUAAAUAAAAUCAUAUUCGCAAGUUGUAGUGUAUGUGGAACUUUGACAGAAUAUUUUGCCGACUAGGCCAGUAGGUACUAGACUGAUUGAGAAGUCAAGCAUUCGAAUUUAGGCUACAUAUUCAAAGAUCCAGUUGAACGGUGCAAGUAUGCUCAAUACUCUUUGCUACCGCUUGAGGGCACUAGCAGCUCAUAUGAAUAGGCCCCACUGACGUUGUUGAGUUUUACAUACAGAUUUCUGACCCAUAAAUCCUUGACAAAUCUUUAAUCAUGUGGAAACAAGUAAUACCAUGGCCUGUGUAAAACCCAUGUAAUGAUGACAUUCAGAUUAUAUGACGAUGGGUGAAAAAUAAUUAGUUAAAGGGGAAGUCAAAAGAGGCUUGUGAAAUCAGAGAGAACAUAUAAGAACAUGUCUUUGACACCUGAAACAGUGACUUUCUCUCACCUCUCUGGAUGAUAAAACAUAAAUCUUUCCUAUUUUCUAUAUUUUGUCAAUCCCCAGCCUACCUGUGUUGUCAGACAAUUGGGUUAAGCUAUGCUCUCUUCAGUGUUUAGAUAAGCAGGCUGCCACAGCAGGCCUAAGUACAUUAAACUUACAGAAGGAUAGUGGUGACUGUCUGCACCACUCCUCCCGAGCAAUUCUUCCAUUCCUCAGCAGACAUUUCUAAUUUCAAGACGACUGCCAUACUCCUCCGUAGCGGAAAUCUCUGAAAUCUCUGGAACUCGUUCAAUCAAUAGGCCUACAUGCUGCGAGAGGAGUUUGAUAAAUUGCUGCUGACAUGUGUUCUUCAACUUUGCAAACAAACAGUAUUGUGUGCAUACAGUUUCCAGUGCUGGUGCAUUGAGAUGCAGCCAGGAAGCUUCCCUUUGGCUUCACAGCAUUUGUUUGGCUCCCGUGAACACAUUGUACGUUUGAGAUGGAAGUCAUUUUGUUUACAUAGAGAUGCCCCAAAGCACAUUAAUAUUUUCUGAACACAGUACCUGUGAACUCUGACUGCCAAUUAUGGUGGUGAGUGGUGAUCUUACAUGCCCCAUCCUGUUGCCUCCUACAGCUAAGGCCAUGAUUGAUUGAGUCAUUGUGGUGAUGACCUCUGCUGUUGCUGGGAAACCAUUGGAGAUCUACAUGAAACAUGCUUCCUGUACUAGUGAUCUGCCAUUCCCAUGGUGGUAGGGAUCAGCAAGUCAAAGUAGCUCUGUUGAAACAAGACCAGAGGCUGGAGCAUCAAAGCAGGCUUUAGCAGUUGACCUCACAGCUUGGGUCAACACAACAGUUGAAAUAGUAUGAAAUAGACCUGGUCACGUGGGCUACUAAAGGCUGGAGAUCAAACCAGCAAGCCAGCCAUUUGUCCUCACUGAAUGCUGCGACCUUUGGCACUAUCAGUCCAAUACGGCCCCAUGUAGCCGUUAACAUUAGCACGUAUUCUCAAAUUCUCAUAGGAGAACAGCAGAAUGCUAGCUGCCUAUCUCCAAGGCUUUAGCGUGAUUAGAACCCAAACAGAGCGUGCAGCAAUUCCCCCAGAGUCUCCAGGCCCUCGCUACAGCAGCAGCAGCCCCGUCUGCCUAGCCCACCUUCCCUCGGUGAACCCCAUAUGUCUGUCUGUCUGUGUGUAUCCGCUUUCUAUAAUGUGGCCUCCCAUCUCGGCAUCAUUUCUCCUGGUGCUCUGGGUGUUGGCAUAAUUAUCGCUCCCUCUGUCUCCCCAUUCAUCACUGCUCACUAAUUUAGUACAGCAGAGGAGACUCACAAACUUAGAUGGAAACUAAUUAGAAAAGAGAAUGAGGCAGAAAAUCGGAGGGAGAUUGCUCUUUAAAAAGUAUAGUGCAGGGAAGUUAAGACGUUGCACUAUGAAUUUGAAAAAUAUAAUGAUUUGUCCCCUAGCUAACAGUGUGUUGUCAUUCUUACCUGCAGGCCUGUUGUGAUACUGCAGAUUGGUAUUGCAGUGUUGGUGGUGGUGUGGUUCUUCUACUUCCUUAUCACCCGACGUAACCCGCCCAAAGACAUCCUUUUCUAUGGUAUGGUAUUGAUCAUUCUUUCAUGAUGACGAUGAUGACAGAUCAAAGGGACAUUUGCUGUUUUGUUUGGAUGAAAACUAGUUUAACAUUGCUUAUUUUUAUUCGCUUAACAAAGCACCAAUACAUUUAAACAGAUCCCCUCUGGGUAACAUGGUUAAGAAAGAGCAUGAAUGACCACUAUGUAUGUAAGGCCAACCCCAGUUAACAGAUUUCCAGAACGUUCUUAUCUGUCAUGUGAAUUGUUUUCAUUGUUUCAUUCAUUUAUCCACAAAGCUGCUUAUACUGAUCAGGAUCAGAGUAAAGCUGAAACCCAGACCGGCAUUUACAUGGCAUGGGUGAUGACAGAGGGCAUGUUAGUCUUCUUCUUACAACACCACAGUUGUAGGAGAGCUGGAAACACUUGGAACAUGAGCCUAAGGGCAUGGGAACUCACAUGCCCUACAUACAUACAGUAGACACCUUACUACUUACUGAACUUACUGAUCGUGGAUGACUGUUCCAUAUGGGAUGCAGGGCAGUAAUGUUGACACGUCAUUACCAAAUAAGAAGGCAAAAAACAACAUAUAGAUUGACACAUCGGCUUCCAGGCUGGCAUUAUAAGGGAUGUCAUAUCAGUCACCUACAGUUGAAGUCGGAAGUUUACAUACACCUUAGCCAAAUACAUUUAAACUCAGUUUUUCACAAUUCCUGACAUUUAAUACUAGUAAAGUUAGGAUUACCACUUUAUUUUAAGAAUGUGAAAUGUCAGAAUAAUAGUAGAGAGAAUUAUUUAUUUAGGCUUUUAUUUCUUUCAUCACAUUCCCAGUGGGUCAGAAGUUUACAUACACUCAAUUAGUAUUUGGUAGCAUUGCCUUUAAAUGGUUUAACUUGGGUCAAACGUUUCGGGUAGCCUUCCACAAGCUUCCCACAAUAAGUUGGGUGAAUUUUGGCCCAUUCCUCCUGACAGAGCUGGUGUAACUGAGUCAGGUUUGUAGUCCUCCUUGCUCGCACACGCUCUUUCAGUUCUGCCCACAAAUUUUGUAUAGGAUUGAGGUCAGGGCUUUGUGAUGACCACUCCAAUACCUUGACUUUGUUGUCCUUAAGCCAUUUUGCCACAACUUUGGAAGUAUGCUUGGGGUCAUUGUCCAUUUGGAAGACCCAUUUGCGACCAAGCUUUAACUUCCUGACUGAUGUCUUGAGAUGUUGCUUCAAUAUAUCCACAUAAUUUUCCUUCCUCAUGAUGUCAUCUAUUUUGUGAAGUGCACCAGUCCCUCCUGCAGCAAAGCACCACCACAGCAUGAUGCUGCCACCCCUGUGCUUCACGGUUGGGAUGGUAUUCUUCGGCUUGCAAGCACCCCCUUUUUCCUCCAAACAUAACGAUGGUCAUUAUGGCCAAACAGUUCUAUUUUUGUUUCAUCAGACCAGAGGACAUUUCUCCAAAAAGUACGAUCUUUGUUCCCAUGUGCAGUUGCAAACUGUAGUCUGGCUUUUUUAUGGCGGUUUAUGAGCAGUGGCUUCUUCCUUGCUGAGCGGCCUUUCAGGUUAUGUCGAUAUAGGACUCGUUUUACUGUGGAUAUAGAUACUUUUGUACCUGAUUCCUCCAGCAUCUUCACAAGGUCCUUUGCUGUUGUUCUGGGAUUGAUUUGCACUUUUCGCACCAAAGUACGUUAAUCUCUAGGAGACAGAACUCGUCCCCUUCCUGAGUGGUAUGAUGGCUGCGUGGUCCCAUGGUGUUUAUACUUGCGUACUAUUGUUUGGACAGAUGAACGUGGUACCUUCAGGCGUUUGGAAAUUGCUCCCAAGGAUGAACCAGACUUGUGGAGGUCUACAAUUGUCUUUCUGAGGUCUUGGCUGAUUUGUUUUGAUUUUCCCAUGAUGUCAAGCAAAGAGGCACUGAGUUUGAAGGUAGGCCUUGAAAUACAUCCACAAGUACACCUCCAAUUGACUCAAAUUAUGUCAAUUAGCCUAUCAGAAGCUUCUAAAGCCAUGACAUUAUUAUCUGGAAUUUUCCAAGCUGUUUAAAGGCACCGUCAACUUAGUGUAUGUAAACUUCUGACCCACUGGAAUUGUGAUACAGUGAAUUAUAAGUGAAAUAAUCUGAAAAAUUACUUGUGUCAUGCACAAAGUAGAUGUCCUAACCGACUUGCCAAAACUAUAGUUUGUUAACAAGAAAUAUGUGGAGUGGUUGAAAAACGAGUUUUAAUUACUCCAACCUAAGUGUAUGUAAACUUCCGACUUCAACUGUAUAUCCUGCCAUAGGCUCUUUCCUAACCACCUGUGUGUAAGCCUAUCUCCCGGAUGCCCCGUGGCUAUGCCAUGCCAUUGCGCCUCAUCAGGUGAUUCUGGGGAGGGGGAACAGCCCAGAGCUGAGAAUGGCUUCCUGCUGUGAUAGAGAAUGAUAAUCCUCCUAUCUUACCUGUUAGACGGCUCAGAUAAACCAGACCCUCCAGAGGAUUAGAAGGCCACAGGUACCUGGAGAGAGACGGAGUGUGUGUGUCUCUAUCGGUGCGUUUAUCAGGAGACAGCAGCAGCAACGUCAGGGAGAUAGUGAGGGAUGCAGGAUGGCUGUCUGAGCCGUUACACACAGGUGCCAUUGCAAGGACGUUUGACGAUAUACGGGACAGCCAAGCCUUGUAUUACAGCUAAUACUUGGAUUGGACGCCCUAUCCCAUUUCAAGAAAACAUGAGUUCACAGAACUCUAUACACAGUGGGUAUCAUAAGUAUUCCCCACCUUGGAUUUCUUCUAAUUUUAUUGUGUUACAAAGUGGGAUUAAAAUUGAUUUAAUUGUCAUUUUUUGUCCACGUGGAAGAAAAAAAUCAUUUUUUUAAUGUCAAGAUUAAUGAAAAAUAAAACACUAAUAUACCUUGAUAAGAUAGGUAUUCACCCCCCUGAGUCAAGACAUGUUAGAAACUUUUCUGGCAGCAAUUACAGCUGUGAGUCUUCUUGGGUAAGUCUCUAAGUGCAAUAUUUAUCCAUUAUUCUUUUCUAAAUUGUUCAAGCUCUGUCAAGGUGUUGGUAAUCGUAGCUAAACAGCAAUUUUCAAGUCUUGCCAUAGACUGUCUAGCAGAUUUAAGUCAAAACUGUAACUUGGCCACUCAGGAACAUUCACUGUCUUCUUGGUAAGCAACUUUAGUAUAGAUUUGGCCUUGUGUUGUAGGUUAUUGACCUGCUGAAAGGUGAAUUCCUCUCCCAGUGUCUGGUGUAAAGCAGACUGAAGCAGGUUUUCCUUUAGGAUUUUGCCUGUGCUUAGCUCCAUCCGGUUUCUUUUUGUCCUGAAAAACUCCUCAGUCUUUCCUGAUGUCAAGCAUACCUUGAGGACUUUAUUACUGAUUAAUGUGUUUGUUGUUUAUGACCGUGUUUUUCUUUUUGCUUGCAUUUUGUAUUUAUAUUUUGACGUGUGUUUUUUCUGUAAUUUAUGUAAUUCAGGGCUCAUUUGUAAAAGAGACCCUGGUCUCAGUAUGACUUCCUGAUAAAAUAAAGGUUAAAUAAAAAACCCAUACCAUGAUGCAGCCACCACCAGGCUUGAAAAUAAGCAGGCACCCACGGGGCACAGACGUCAUUUCAACGUCUAAUUUUGGUUUACAUUUGGUUGAGUUGUCAUCUAACGUGAAUUCAAUGUGAAAUCAACCAAAAAUGGUAGUAAUGGCUACUGGCUGACCGUGGGCGGUCCCUAAAGAGUGUGGAUAUUGAUGUGGAGAACCAACAUGUCUAUUGGCAGCACAUUACCAGCCACUUGAACUGGGAUUCGCUCCUUGCCUAUCUCCAGUCCUCUUGAUCCCCUGCCACUCAUUAUGUGGCUCUCAGACGCACAUGGGGUUCCAGCCAGGUUUUGACUUGGAGAGAGGAGAGGGGUGCCCUCUCAGCGCCGCUCUGCUCUUAACCCGAGGAAAACUCAACACACAGCUCCCAAUAUAAAUCUCCCUUCACCCAGCCUACAGCUAUGCAGUAUCUCCCUCCAUAGCCCAGGAAAUCAAUAGCUGGUUGGUUGGAGGGAAAUAUUUUAAACAUAGAGAGAUGGUGAGAGAGAGUGAGUGUGAAAGAAAAUGAGUUGUGGUGGUUAGGUAAUAGUUCAUGGGAGAAAAAGAGGUUGAGUUUCUCAAGAAUCCAGUCUUGUUCAAUGCAUCUUUAUAGGCAGUAAUAGGGUUCUGACAGUUUUAUUAAAAGUUUCAAAGAGGCAGACUAAGCUGAUUGAGUAAUAAAGAUUGGAGGAAGGAGCUUUCUCUUUAUCAUAACUACAAUGAGAAGAAUGAUGAUUGUUCCUACAGCAGAGCUGCUUAACAUCUAGCUGCUACAGAUUUCUAUUGAGCUGAAUUCCGCAACUAAUUGAAUGAGGGCCUUUCUUACAGAGCUGAAAUAUGCUCACAAAUGCAAUCAGUGUAUGCUAAUCGCACCAAAGAAAGUUGAACAGAACAAUAGCCACACAUUAAUCCAAGUAAUUUUUUGUUGUGUAAUUGAGGCGCUUACAUGAAAUAACCCCUGUGACGUGCAUUCUAUAGUACUGUAUUGCUAACUGCUUAUUAUUGUCCACUUUCACAAUAUCAGUCUGCCACAGUACUGAAUGUUUGCAUUGUCUUUACAGUAUUUGCUGAGUUUUCCUUCACUUGUGUCAUUGACCUUGUGAGUGCUAUGGAACAUGAUGGCUUUAUUUCUGGGUUUAUGGAAUUCUACCAGAAAACGGUUAGUCUCUAGAUUCUCCAUCUCAUGACCUAACAUCAUGCUAAUAAUAUAUUUUUUUAAACGUUAGAAUCUAUCUGUUGUUUCAACCAUUUUAAGUUAAUGGUUGUAUUUGUGUGUUUCAGGGAGAGCCCUAUCUGGGUACAGCCUAUGCCAUCAUGAUGUGCUACUGGGACGGAAUAGUGCAUUUCAUCAUGUACCUCAUAAUGAUACAGCGCUUAUGGAACAGGUGGGUGAUAUUCGCUGUGUCACCUUGGUCUUGUAAUGGUGAUCUACACACCACACAUAUACUAGGAUUCUGAUACACUUCAUUCAUACCUGGACCAAUAACCGGACCAAUGAAGCAAGUAUCGUAUUGUAUUGUAUUGUACCUUAUAGUCCCCUUCACCAGGAGAGCCGAGACUUCAUACCUCAGAAUCUGACACAUGCAAGAUCCUAGUGUGACCACAUUUACGUCCACACAUCAUCUCAUCGUCUCACUGCUGGGCCAUUGAUUUGAAGCUUUGUAAGACAUGCUGUCACUAGUGUACAGUGAUGGGAGCAACAUCUUUUGACCAUUUUAUUUCCGUCUCUCAGCAAGUCUUACCGCACCCUGGGUCUCUUCUGGGCUGGAUCGUUGUUUGCCAACAUGAGUGUCUUUGUGACAGGAAUUGUUGUAGGUGAGUCUCUCCUUCCCCCCUCCUGUAUCCCACAAUGGCAGAGUUAAUCAACAGUACAUCUGAACAGCCUUGUAGAAUCAGUGUCAUAGUGUAGGCUGCCAACACAACACAUGUGCUUGCCUUUAGAAUUUACAGAACAAAGCAAAACUAGGCUCUAAGCAUCUGUUCUCUGAGUUUCAAACAGUAGUAUCAGUAUUACAUCAUUUUGUAUUUUAGUUGUAUAUUUGUUCAAUGAUGCCCUACUGAGGAUUUAUUUAGAACAUUAUUGAAGUUAAUUACAAGGUGUGUAUAAAAAGAAAAGAGGCUCAAAGUUAUGGUCUCCUUUUUUUGGCAGAGAUCUCAUCUAUUUAUCAUGUAAACCUCAUGGAAAUGUGUCGACUUUAACAAGGUUAAAAUUAGACUGCUCUACUCUACUUCAGAUGUACCCAGUUCCUCCUCAUAGUUCUAGGGGAUGAAAUGCUCUCUAUGUUUCCCUCCCUGGCAGGUAAAUUUGGAUCAGAUAUCCGUCCCGCCUUCUGGCUCAACAUGCCCUUCCUAAUGCUUCCAAUAUGGGGUGCGAUCAAGCUGUUCAACAAGCCCAAGAAUGGGCCAACCCUCGGUGGGUACAAGGUAAGAUGGAACAGGGAACAGCUGAUUGACCUGGUGGAAUGCGUAGGGCCAGGGGUUUUCCCUGACCAUGUGACCUGACCAGGAAAACUAGGGCUCAGAACUAAGGCCUUAGUUAUGUUAUAUUUCUACAAUAUCCUUGCAGAAGUGUGUAUUUAUUGCUAUGUUUGAGUGCAUCUGAACUGUCUAAAGAAGCUUCUUCUCCCCUGGUGUUGGUGUCUCCUAGGCCCACUAUGAUCAGAGUUUUAAUCUCAUCUGGCGCCCUUCUGACCUUCUCCUGGUGCUGCUGCUACUGGGGGCCAUGGCCUUCACUCUCUUCAGGGGCUUGGUGAGCCAGCAGGGCCUGAAUACACACUUAGAAAUAAACACUCAGAAAUAUUGGAAAUAAAAUAAAACAUCCGAAAUAAAGUGUUAUUAUAUUAGGACUGGUCCAGCCCACCAAUUUUAGCACAGCCUAAAGAGUCAAUGCAUAUAGAAUUGAUUCCCUCAUGUGCUAGCUGUCUUUGUACAGCAGUAAAGGAUUUGUUUAUAAUACAUAGAUUAUGUGCAACAUCUGCUGCGCUGAUUCAAUCAUGUGAUAUGGGUGGUCUCAUCUGACACACUUCCCUGGCAAAUAGAACAUUCAAGAUGGUCUGAUUUGUGGAAAUAUGCACAUACUUAUUUAACUUGCAUUGUUUUUUAAUGUGAUUUUCAUCCAGUACCUACUUGUUCUCGUUCACGUCCCCCAUGGACCAGACAUGGUUUAUAUUACAAUAACUGAUCAUACAGACAAGUAGUUUAUACAGUGCUCUUGCCUACAAGAUGAUCAUGUUGGAACCUUCCUCCUGUGUGUGCAUUCAGGUAGCUCUUGACUCCCCUCUAGAGGCCUGUACCAUCUACCUCCGCCAGUACGAGCCCUAUCUGAAGGACCCGGUGGGCUACCCCAAGGUUAUGGUGGGUACUUUAAGACACAGAGCAUGCCUCUCUGCAGUGCCAGUGGCAUUCCUUAAUAGUCUCCAACCCACUUUGUUUUAAAUAACCAAAUAAUAGCCACUCCAUUCAGAAAUCACUUGGAGCUCACAAAAGAGAUUACAGAGCCAUUUUUCAUCAUUACGCCACAAUGAGAGGGGUGAGAGGCCAGGCUGGUUCAUUCUCUCACAUUUGUUAGGCAAGAGAAUGUGGUUGUGACUGGUCCAGUCUCAACGCCUGGGCUUUCUCCGUCUGUUGGGUGAUGUUUGUUUGGUUUUGUUAGGGUUCUUAGCCGAGUCAAUAGGUUAUCCAAAGACCUUGUUGUGGCUCCAGUCCAGGCACAAUGGCGAAGCAUCGAUCAGGCAGGGAACUGCAUGCUGAGAACUUGAUAAGAUAAUCCUCCUUCCCCUGAGCCCCCCCAUCAGCAACACACCGGGUGGGAGGGGUGUGUGUGUGUGUGUUUGUGUGUGCAUGUGCUUGCAUGUUGGUGUGCUCUAGCUAGCAUGUGUGUGUAAAUCCCUGUGUGUGUCAAUACGGGUGUAUAUAUGUGUGUGUUGAGUGUGUAUGUGUAUGUGUAUGUGUGUGUGUGUGUGUGGAGGGGGGGGGGGGGGGGGGGGUUGAAUGUCGUUGCGCUGCUCUUAUGCUGACCAACCUUUUUAAUCAUUGAUGGUGAUAAACCACGGCAGACAGAUGACCGGGGUGCCGAACACAAAGACACUCCUCCAAGGACUGAAGGGCAACGUGUGAUUGGUUCUCAGCCUCUGGGCUCAAUUCAUUAGGAUUCAUCAGGACCACAGCUCUAGAACAAAAGCCACUGUUCAAAGGCAUAAUUUGAUGCCAUUACAUUACAAAGUCAGCAGCUACCUGACUUUCAUGCUCCAAAUAUUCUGCAAGUGCUUGUGAGGGUCGAUGUAAUGACCUCUGUAUCUGGACACUAUAAUUUGGACCUGAGUGUGCGGUGUGAAAGCACUUCAAAUGUGUGUGUUUGUGUACGUGCAUGCGUGAGAGUGUGUUGUCUAUGCAGCCAGCACGCAGCAGCGUUAUCUGUAUUCUGUGUGAGUGCUUGGACUGCUGUAACGUGUUAGCGCCCUAGAGAGGAUGAAGAUGUACUGUAUUAAUUGACCAUUAGAGUGUCAGAGUUGCGUGGUGGGGCUGGCCGGCUGGAGUCACUACUGUGAUGGAAUCCUUUGAUGUUAUACCUGUUGUACAUUUACAUUUUGUAGAUGUUGCACUUCCUGUUCUACAUGCUGCCAAUGCUGGGUGCCUUUGUCUACGGACUCAUAGUGCCUGGCUGCACCUGGAUGCCUGACUGGACCGUGUUCGUUGCUGGAGGCAUCGCCCAGGUAAGAUAUGGGGGACAUAUGUGUUGUUUUUUGUUAAUAACAUAGACUACAGUUCCCAGAAUGUAAUGUGCUCUACGUACAGAGCUUCUACAUACUGCUAUUACUAGUCAUACUAGUGAUGACUUGAACAGAUGAAGAGGUUGAAUCACUUUACAGUAUAUGGGGCACUGAAAGUUCAAACUGUACACAUUGCACUUGGAGUUAGUGAAAGUAUAGCUCCCUGGGCUACUACCUCUAUCGCAAGUUCUCAUUGAAAUUUUUUAUUAUAGCCAACCUUAAUAAGACCUCUUCAUGGCGUCAGUGUUCAUAAUAAUAUCCAAUCAGCCCCAUCCUGCAGAGGCCUGCUUCCUGUAAUCAAUUUCCUUUCCAUACUGGACUAAUGGAGGCAAAGAUCAAAGGCCAGUUCUGCAUAGACUCGUCUGCAGGCCCUUCUAUCCCUCCCAACAUGGGGCAAGGCCUGCCUCGGAGAUUCAGCUCUUCUAAUACAUUUUAGUCAUUUAGCAGACGCUCUUAUCCAGAGCGACUUACAGUUAGUGAGUGCAUACAUUUUCAUACUGGUCCCCCGUGGGAAUCGAACCCACAACCCUGGCGUUGCAAGCGCCAUGCGCUACCAACUGAGCUACAGGGGACUAAUAAAAAGAUUCCUGUGAAAUGGAUCUGGGAUAGCUGCAUCUUCUGCUCAGAGCAGCGCACCAGAGUCUUCUCUCUGAGGUCGAGCUGUGUUGUACUGCACAUCGUUGGCUGUAGAUACUAAUGACUGUUGCAGAGGCUCAAAGUGAAGCAACAUAUUAGGUUUAAAGCUAUUCAAUCAAGGCCUUUGUGGGGGGAAAAAACAACUACGGAUAACCCUCAAAACGUGAAAAUCAAAUUACCGGUCAGCUGUGAAUAUACUGUACAUAGUGUCCUCCUGUUUGGAAUGACCCCAAACUUUCCCCCCUCCUUCCUCUCCCCUCCACAGUGUCAGUGGGCCCACAUUGGGGCAUCCCUCCACCCACGUACAGUGGCCCCAUUCCGGAUCCCAGACGAGGCCUUCCUGGCUGUCCUGGCAGCCAACCUACUGUACGCUGUGAUCCCCUCGCUCAUCGCCAUGCGCUGCACCAGCAACACCAACUUCUUCUUGACCGUCACUAAACUGCCUGGGAUGGAGGGGAUGCCCUGGGUUCCUGAUGCUGAUACCCUGGUCGAGAAGAAACACAAUUAAAGUUUACAUACCAAUAAAGUUACCAAUAAAGAUAUGCCAAUAAGUUUACAGAAUUGACUUCUAAUCUAUUAACUCGUUUCUGUAACAAGUCCCAUAGGGGAUUUAGAGGAGUAAGUAAGUAGGUAAGUGUAUCAUACAGGACAUCAUGUUCUCUUAGACCGGGACCCUCCAUUGAACUAUACUGCAGAGUCAGAGUGAGACACAAACACACUCCACUUUCCCCGCAGCCUUUAGUUCAGGGCUCUCCAACCCUGUUCCU